ACAAGAAUUCCAUACUUCUCCUUCCCCAUUUUCUCCAUCAAUUUGGUGUAAUACAAACAAACAAACAAAAAAUCCUCUUUUUUAUCUGAAUAAUAAUAAUAAUAAUAUUAUUAUGGCAAUGAGUAUGCCACACCAGAUUGGUGCCUUAUCAGGAACGUCGCUUACGGCGGAAACCGAUGGAGUUUCAUGCGAAGUUCUGGCGAAGGGGAGUUCAGCUACAUCAGCUAUGUGGAGAACACCGAUGACGAAUCUAAAAGUAUCGGUGCAAAAAACAGGAGCUGAAAUCGACAGGGUGUCGCCGUCGCCGUCGCCGCCGAUGAGUCCGAUGUUAGGAGGUGGGAUGCGGCCGGAUUUAUCGGUGGCUUGUCAAGCGUUAAUGGAAACUCAUGAGGUGGAGGUUACAGAGAGAGAACAUAAGGUAAGAAAUUCGUCGGAGAAAGAGAAAGGAGUGCCGGUGUUUGUUAUGAUGCCGUUAGAUAGUGUGAAAAUGGAUCAUACGGUGAAUCGGAAGAAGGCGAUGAACGCGAGUUUGCAGGCGUUGAAGAGUGCUGGCGUGGAAGGGAUUAUGAUGGAUGUGUGGUGGGGAUUAGUGGAGAGAGAUGCUCCGGGUGAGUAUAAUUGGGGCGGUUAUGCUGAGCUUAUGGAAAUGGCGAAAAAGCAUGGGCUUAAAGUUCAAGCUGUGAUGUCGUUUCAUCAAUGUGGCGGAAACGUCGGUGAUUCCUGCACGAUUCCUCUUCCAAGGUGGGUUGUUGAGGAGAUGGAGAAGGAUCCAGACCUUGCAUACACAGAUCAGUGGGGAAGGAGGAAUUUUGAAUAUGUAUCGCUCGGUUGUGACACACUUCCAGUUCUUAAAGGGAGGACUCCUGUCCAAUGCUAUUCUGAUUUCAUGAGAGGGUUUAGAGAUAGAUUUGAGAACCUCCUAGGUGACACUAUCGUGGAAAUUCAAGUCGGGAUGGGUCCAGCUGGAGAGCUCCGUUAUCCAUCCUACCCUGAACAAGAUGAAACAUGGAAAUUCCCUGGAAUUGGUGCUUUUCAGUGUUAUGACAAGUACAUGAUCAGCAGCUUACAGGCUGCAGCAGAAGCUUUUGGUAAGCCUGAAUGGGGACACACCGGUCCAACCGAUGCUGGUCAGUACAACAAUUGGCCAGAAGAUACCAACUUUUUCAAGAAGGAAGGCGGUGGAUGGGAUAGUCAAUAUGGGGAGUACUUCCUCAGUUGGUAUUCUCAAAUGCUUUUGGACCAUGGUGAGAGGAUAGUGCAAUCAGCCAAGGCGAUAUUUGAGGACAAGGGCGUUAAGAUAUCAGUUAAAAUUGCAGGCAUUCACUGGCACUAUGGAACAAGGUCCCAUGCCCCUGAACUGACCGCUGGGUACUACAACACCCGUUACCGAGAUGGUUACCUUCCCAUUGCCCAGAUGCUUGCUCGCCACGGUGCAAUUUUCAACUUCACAUGUAUUGAGAUGCGAGACCACGAGCAGCCACAAGAUGCACAAUGUGCACCUGAGAAGUUGGUUAGGCAAGUGGCUUUAGCAACUCAGGAAGCUCAAGUUCCACUUGCUGGGGAGAAUGCAUUGCCACGAUACGAUGAUUAUGCACAUGAACAGAUCCUUCAAGCGUCCUCAUUGAAUAUCGACGAUCAAUCAGGUUACAGAGAGAUGUGUGCGUUUACAUAUUUGAGGAUGAAUCCGGACCUAUUCCAUCCUGAUAAUUGGAGGCGAUUCGUUGCCUUUGUGAAGAAAAUGAAAGAAGGAAAAGACGCUAACAAAUGCCGGGAACAAGUAGAGAGGGAGGCAGAGCAUUUCGUGCAUAUAACUAAGCCGUUAGUGCAAGAAGCCCUCAUGCACUAAGCAUCAAGUGUUUAAAAAGCUUAUGCAGAUGGAUGCCAAAUAGUACUGUUUUUGAUCCUUCUAGCUCGCAUGAAGUUUUUCAACAUGUUACCAGGAUCUUAUAGCUCUCUAUUGUUCUUCUUAUAUGUUUGUAAAACCGUUCAUCGUGUAGUUUUUCAAAGUUAGAUAUUAUGUCUUAAUGAAAUGAUACAUAAUUCAGUAGUAAA